ACAGCCCCGUGGCUCCGCGGCAGCGCCGGACACCUGGGCAUGACGCUGGUGGGCUCCGAGGACGGCGGGUUCGUGGCGUGUGCCCCUCUGUGGUCCCAGGAAUGUGGCACCUCCGUGUUCAGCUCCGGCCGCUGCGUCCGCCUGGACGAGGAGCUCCGGCUCGUGGGGACCGUGGCGCCCACGGAGCAGCGCUGCUCCACCUACAUGGACAUCGUCCUGGUCCUGGACGGCUCCAACAGCAUCUACCCCUGGGAGGAGGUGCAGGAAUUCCUCGGGAACAUCCUGGGGCGCUUCUUCAUCGGCCCCGGGCAGACCCAGGUGGGGGUGCUGCAGUACGGGGAGCAGGUGGUGCAGGAGUGGGCGCUGGGGCAGCACCCCACGGCCCAGAGCCUGCUGGAGGCCGCCAGGAACCUGACCCGGCAGGAGGGGAGGGAGACGCGCACGGCCAUGGCCAUCCGGCAGGCAUG